AGAAAAAAGGAGAACCAUGGAGAAGGAAGGGACCCGGUCUGCAGUUUGCUUUUACACCUGAGGAGAGAAGCAGCAGCGCGCUUCAUUCCCGGAUUGUUCCUCUUCCUGUAAUUUCUACUGCCGUGGAUAUUUUGUUGGGAUUGUAAAAAAAGUGCUCUCACAAAGAAGACGACAAGGAUCCUGGAGUUAAACCUCAUGCUGUUCGUGCCGGUGUAGAAAGUAGAACAGAGCGUGUUACAAGUCCGAAAACGGCUUCAGUGUGCGAGUUGCCGUCUUUGCUGGACGGCUCCUGGUUUUGGGAUUAUGUCUCUAAGAACAUUAUGUGAUGCUAUUAUAUUUGUUACCGUUUUCGUUCGUUCGUAACAAACAUUCAGUAAGUCAAUUACGUUGCGAUCCUGAAUAAUACAUCCCCAUUUCACCCGCUUGGUCAUUUACAGCACAUUCUGCUCAGUGAAUGCAUUUUGAUCGGAAUCUUGCAGUGCAUUUAUUGCGCGAUAUUGUCGUUUUAAAUGCAACAAAACAACCUUCCUCUAAGCAUACAUUGCACGGCAUUUCACAGAUAUCAAUGUUUUGUAAUGACCGCAGAAGUGUCUGUAACAUUCGGAUAUCCGUGCAAGAAUAAAACCCUCAUAUAGAUUUUCAAGUUGUCGUAUGUUCAGGACGAAACGAUCAGGUCUCGUGCGGCGACUCUGGAGAAGCCGUUUGAUCCCAGAUAGAGAAGGGGAAGAUGGAAAUGGCACAACUAGUGACCGCUGUCGGGACGAUCUGUUCGGAAACAACCCAGAGAAAAUCCCCAAAAGGGAGCUCACACCGAUGACCCCUAGCGGGUCUCCUGGAGGGGACUUAGGGGGCGUGUGCGCACGAAGCGCGGAUGGGGCUGCGGUGUGCGCCCAGGAGCAGGGGAGCCCCCGCUGCGCACAGGACAGAGAUUGCCGGACAGUGACGUGCUGCUUAUUUAAAGACCGGGACCACUCCGAGCUCACGGGUCCAGAGACGGCUCAGGGGACCGCGGAUCCAGGGUCGUGUCACUUCGUGUUAAGGAACCUCCGGCCGCGGGAUAGCGGCUCUCCCGAGGCGCAGGAGGCGAUGCCGCGCUCGGUGUUGGAGCAAGAACUGAAAUCAGCCACAUACUCUCUUUUAAAAAGGCUCAAGGAAAGGGCGCUGGAUACCUUUCUGGAGGCGGUGGAGUCCAGGGGAGGGAUGCCGAGUGACUGUGUUAUGAUUCCCCGCACAGAGCUGAGGCUGGGCGGCCAUGUGGCUUCCCCACAGCUGCUGGUGUGCAAACUGUACCGCUGGUCCGACCUGCAGCUCUCCGCGCAGCUCAAACCACUCUGUGAGUGUAGGAGCUUCGGGGCUCUGGACGGUCCAACGUUAUGCUGCAACCCAUAUCACUACAGCCGGCUGUGUGGGCCAGAGUCACCCCCACCUCCUUAUUCACGGCUUUCCCCGAAUGAAGAACACAAGCCACUGGAUGCCAGUAUGUCGCCUGACGCCCCGAAGCAGAGCCACUGGUGUAACGUGGCGUACUGGGAGCACCGCACGCGCGUGGGUCGCCUCUACACAGUGUACGAGCACUCCGUCAGCAUCUUCUACGAUCUACCUCAGGGCACGGGCUUUUGCCUGGGCCAGCUCAACCUGGAGCACCGCAGCAGCACAGUUCAGCGCUCGAGAGGCAAAAUCGGCUAUGGCAUCCUGCUCAGCAAGGAGCCGGACGGUGUUUGGGCGUAUAAUCGCAGCGAGCACCCCAUAUUUGUUAACUCCCCAACCCUGGACGUGCCCAACAGCAGAACUCUGGUGGUGCGGAAGGUUAUGCCGGGCUACUCCAUCAAGGUGUUUGACUAUGAGCGCUCCUUCCUCCUGAGGCACACCACGGAGGUUGACCUCUUGGACGGACCCUAUGACCCCAACAGUGUGAGCAUCAGCUUUGCUAAGGGCUGGGGCCCCUGCUACUCGAGACAGUUCAUCACCUCCUGCCCCUGCUGGCUGGAGAUCCUCCUCAACAACCAUAGAUAACACAGACGGACCCCACAAACAAUCCCAAAUAUCAUCUACCUAGAUUUAAUAUAAAGUUUUAUAUAUUAUAUGAAAUAUAUAUUAUACUUGUAAAUACAGAGUCAUUUUUACAAUGUAAUUAUUUAUGUAUGGUGCAAUGUGUAUAUGGACAAGAGGAAACAAAUGGAAAUGCACUUUGGCUCAUGUAUAUUAUACAUAUAAAUAUAUUAAAGCAAUAAGGUACGAGAGGUCGUACUUUAUCGUCCAAUAAUGUAACAGUUCGGGAGAGUUGUUAGGCAACCCUCGAAUAGUUGCAUUAUUGAAGAUAAAGUACUGCCUCAAGUACCUUAUUGCUUAUAUAAUAUGGUUACCCGCGAAAUUAUAAUUAGUAAGUAAAUAAAACAAAAUAGUUAUAGCCACCAAACGUUGUGUAUCGCAUUUCAGUAGUCUAAGAGAGAAAAUAUCUAACCGUAACGUGCACAUAAACAGCAUUGGGUCUUGCACCAUCUCAUUCAUUCACAUCGCUCAUGACGUCCACCUUAAUUUUCCGGUUGCAAAAGCUAGCAUUGCCCGAAUUCAAUCAUCGUGGGAUUUCCAGUAAUUAUUUCGGUGAUCGCCAUCGAGCUAAAAGCUAAAGUGUCAACUUACGGUCACACAAAAGCUAACAUGUUACUUUGAGUGCACAGUGAUAUGAAAUGCUUGGGUCAAUGUGAACAGCAACUGUACAUUAUCGUCCAAUAAUAAUAAUAACCCCUCAACCAAUCGGAACGCUGGAUUUCAUCUACUCAUAAUAAAGAUAAAGAAUCUUUCAACUUGAGAAACUAUACAGCAAAGUAGGAUGAGCCUGGAUCCGGUGUGUAGUUUUCAUAUACUUUUAAUAUCCAGACAAAAAGCUAACACCAUUCACACAUGGAUAAUAAAGAAUUUGCAUAAUAAACAUA